GAAGUAUUGGCUCACGCUGGGCUGAAGGAGAGAUCACUGCAGACCAGCGAGAGGGGACAAGUCUUCACCCAGCUAUCCAGCACCAGGCCAGAAGCAGCCAGUCCUGCAGAAACCCAGGCAAUGGAUGCGGUCGUCUCCAAGAGGAAUGGAGAGAAUGUCCAGAAAUCAAUGUACAUCGAGGAGCAGUCCAAAAAGGGGAAUGUCAUCUCAGUUAUCUUCUCCUUGAAGGAAGAGGUUGGAGCCUUGGCCAAAGCCUUGCGUCUCUUUGAGGAGAAGGGUGUGAAUCUCACCCACAUUGAAUCUCGCCCGUCCCACCUCAAGAGCGGAGAGUACGAGUUCUUCAUUGACCUGGACUGCAAGAGCAUCUCCAGCCUGGAGGAGAUCCUCCACAGUCUGCGGCAGGAGAUCAGCGGUGGUGUCCAUGAACUCUCCCGUGACAAGAUAAAGGACACAGUUCCGUGGUUUCCUCGCACAAUUCAAGACCUGGACAGAUUCGCAAACCAGAUCCUGAGCUACGGGUCAGAACUUGAUGCCGACCAUCCUGGCUUCACGGACCCCGUGUACCGAGCACGCAGGAAGGAGUUUGCUGACAUUGCGUACAACUACAGGCAUGGUGAUGACAUUCCCAAAGUGGAAUACACAGAGGAGGAAAAGAACACCUGGAGUGUUGUCUUCCAGGAGCUGAAGUCCCUCUACCCGACACAUGCCUGCCACGAACAUAACAGCGUCUUCCCAUUGCUGGAGGAGUACUGUGGCUAUAAGAAGCACAACAUUCCCCAGCUCCAGGACGUCUGCAAGUUCUUACAGUCUUGCACCGGCUUCCGUUUACGCCCAGUGGCCGGACUCCUCUCCUCCCGGGAUUUCCUGGCAGGCCUUGCAUUCCGUGUCUUCCAUUCCACCCAGUACAUCCGACAUGGAUCUCGACCCAUGUACACGCCUGAACCGGACGUGUGUCAUGAACUGCUGGGACAUGUGCCACUCUUCGCCAACCCAAGCUUUGCCCAGUUUUCACAGGAGAUAGGGCUGGCAUCUCUGGGAGCUCCGGACGAGUACAUCGAGAAGCUCGCAACAGUCUACUGGUUCACAGUGGAGUUCGGACUCUGUAAGCAAAACAACGACAUACGGGCCUUUGGUGCCGGGCUCCUCUCCUCCUUCGGCGAGCUUCAGUACUGCUUGACGGAGAAACCAGACCUACAACCAUUCGAUCCUGAAACGACAGCGAAUCAGAAGUACCCCAUCACCAGCUUCCAACCGGUCUACUUUGUUGCCGAGUCAUUCGAAGAUGCAAAGGAUAAAGUCAGGAAAUACGCAGUGAAUAUUCCUCGCCCCUUCUCUCUCCGUUACAACGCUUACACACAAAGCAUUGAGGUUCUGGACAGCAUCAAGCAGUUACAGGAUCUAGUUGUCAACAUCAGCGGUGAAAUGGGAAUUCUCACCCAUGCUCUGAAGAAGCUUGAAUGAAGUUCACCAUAACCAAAGGCAUCCAGUGAAAGGCAAGAUCUAACGGUCCAGGGAUAUUCUACAUUGUAUGGACGGAGAUAGGCUCAUUCAGCCCAUCCUGAUCUAAGCCACCCACUCUCCUUCCCCCUCCCCAUUGUACAAUUUGUCCCCCUCAGCCCUGUCAACUUGUUGGGGGGAGGUUGAGGAGGAUAAAAAACAAAAGCUGAUGUUUAUUGAAAUGUUGUAUCUUCAGCAGAAGCUGUUGGACUGAUCUAUAUCCAUGCUUCCGAUGUCAAGCCCUUUCAAAGACCUAUCUGACCAAUACCAAUUGAAAACACAAAGUGCUGGAGGAACUCAGCAGGUCAGGCAGGGAUAUGGGCCAAGCGCGGGCAGGUGGAACUAGUGUGGAGGGAAAUGGGCAGAUGAUAUUUCAAGUUGAGACUCUUUUUCAGACUGCUGGAGUAGGGGUAGAAAAAUCUGGAAAAAAGAGGUAGGGGUCAGGUCCUCCCUUCCCUUAUCUAACCUCCUUUUGUCUCCUUUUCACCUCUCUAGCCUCUUUUAAUUUCUCCAUCCCCGAUCAAAUCCCCCUCCCUACAACCCAUCACUUACAGACAUAGAAACAUAGAAACAUGGAAAAUAGGUGCAGGAGUAGGCCAUUCGGCCCUUCGAGCCUGCACCGCCAUUCAAUAUGAUCAUGGCUGAUCAUCCAACUCAGUAUCCUGUACCUGCCUUCUCUCCAUAACCCCUGAUCACAUUAGUCACAAGGGCCACAUCUAACUCCCUCUUAAAUAUAACCAAUGAACUGGCCUCAACUACCUUCUGUGGCAGAGAAUUCCACAGAUUCACCACUCUCUGUGUAAAAAAUGAUUUUCUCAUCUCGGUCCUAAAAGACUUCCCCCUUAUCCUUAAACUGUGAGCCCUUGUUCUGGACCUCCCCAACAUCUCGCCUGUCCAACCCUUUAACCCCAACCCCAAGACAAAAUACUGGAGUAACUCAGCGAGUCAGGCAGCAUCUCCAUAAGUAAAGCAUGGGUGCUAUUUCAGAUUGGAAGCCUUCUUCAGACUGAAAGACCUAAAAAGGUCAACUAUGCUGUUUCUCUGGAGAUGCUGCCUAAACCACUGAGCUACUCCACCACUUUGUGUCUAUCUUUUGUAGAAGUCAGCAUUUGCAGUUCUUUGGUUUCACCUAUCACUUGCCAGGUUUUAGCCCACCCCAUCUCUCUUUUCCAACUGCCUUCUCCCUACUCCACCAGUCUGAAGAAGCAUCCGACCUGAAAGAUUUCUAUUCAUUCCCUCCACGGAUGCUGCCCGACUCGCUGAGUUCCUCCAUCACUAUAUAUUCUAUGUUAUUUCCAUAUAAGAAAGAAUGUUUUUUUCAGCAUCAAUAAACCUUGAAAACGGAGAUGCAAUUUACUGGUUAAUAUCUAAAAAAUUGUAACAUAGUAAAGAAAAAUCUGUAAAAUUGUGUUUGUCAUUCUACGAUUAUACCAGAUACCUUGUGAAAGAGAAAUGAUUAUGCAAAUACCAUACUGAUGGAAAUAUAUAAUUUAAUCUAUUA